GUCUUUGUGCACACCGGAACGCCGGCGGCGGUGCUGGUCCUGCGAUAUCAAGGUCGGAGCAGAGCGGAAAAGGAGGACAGAGGGCCAUCGAUGCUCCCUCAGGCUCCGUCGUCCUCAUGCGCCUGUCUUCUCCGACUACGUUAUUCGGUUGCAGCCCAAUACAGAGAGAGGGAGAUACCUGGGAGGGAGGAGAUAAGGCAGGAGGAGGAGCUCAGGCACCGUCCCUGCAUUGCUUGUGUCAAAGUGCCACGGCUGCUGCAGGCUUCUGCAGGACAGCACAGCGAGUGUAGACAAGGGUGGGGGUGGCUUGACGAGAAUAAAGAGGAAAGCGUGCUACUAUAGAGGACCAAUUCCAGGCCCUGUGUGUGCCCUUUGUGAUCUCCGUCUAUGCCAUUGCCCUGGAGAAC